AUGAGUGUCAAACCAAUAGCGCUGACUAUAAGAGUCGAGGGUACUCCAAAUUUGAGAUGGCUCCAAAAGGAUAAAGUGUACCUGAGGUGUGGAGCUUUGUUGAAGAUCAAUGAAGCUGCUGAGGUGGAGAACCAGGAAGCACAGUCACCUUCACCUGCAUCACCAUUGAAUGGCAGAGCUGAGGCUAUGGAGGAACACAGUUUAGAAAGUCACAACCAAAACCAAAACUCAAACCCAACCAAAGACCCUGCCCAUCCAAGCAGUCCAUACUACAUUGGCACAAAUGAUGGGACUGGCUCCAUGCUUGUUACUCAUAGCUUGGAUGCCAGUAACUAUUACUCAUGGGCUCGAUCAAUGAAAAGAGCUUUGAGAAUCAAAAAUAAGCUUGGCUUCAUUGAUGGAAGUCUAUGUGAGCCAACUGACCCAAAUGACCCUCUCAUGGAACAUUGGCUGCGUUGCAAUGAUGUUGUAAUCACUUGGAUGCAAAACACCAUGGCUCUUGAUAUCAAGUGCAGCACAGUAUAUGCAGAAACAGCACAUAAACUUUGGCUUGAGUUAGAGCAACGUUUUGCACAACAAAAUGCACCUCGAAUUUUUGAGAUCAAACAAGCUGUAACUAUGCUGAUGCAAAACCAAGAUGUUGUAAGUGUUUACUUCUCCAAACUCAAAACCUUACUUGAUGAGCUUUUGAACUAUGAGACAAUUCCAAGUUGCAGCUGUGGAGGCUUGAAAACUGUUGUACAAAACCAACAAAGGGAUUAG